AUGCAGCCACGCCUUCCGUCCAUACAGUCUCAGCUCUCAUCACCUCCCACGCGGCCCGGCGAUCCCUAUCUCGACCCCCAUUCGCCGAGUCGUCCGCCUGCCCCUCCAGCUUCGAGCUCGUACUACUACCGGCAAGCAAACGGCUUACAACGCCCCCGCGAUUAUGCCAACACUUCUCCAGAAGCAGCAGCAGACUCGCACCAGUCCGGUGCUCCGCCGACGACAUCGGGUCUCGACCGGAUGAGCAUAGACAACAUGGCGAUUCAAACGGUUGGAAGUUAUGUUUGCAAGGUUCCCGGCUGCACCGCCCAGCCCUUCCAAACGCAGUAUCUGCUCAACUCCCACGCAAACGUGCACUCAUCGGCCAGACCGCACUAUUGUCCCGUCCCAGGAUGCCCUCGCGGCGAGGGCGGGAAAGGUUUCAAGCGCAAAAACGAGAUGAUCCGGCACGGCCUUGUGCAUGAGUCCCCGGGCUAUGUCUGUCCCUUCUGCCCAGAUCGAGACCAUAAGUAUCCCAGGCCGGACAAUCUCCAGAGGCACGUCCGGGUUCACCAUGUGGAUAAGGAUAAGGACGAUCCUCUGCUCCGCGAUGUCCUUGCACAGCGACCAAACGGACCAAGUCGUGGACGUAGGAGAAGAGGGGCCCCAAGCUGA